AGUAACCCCAUUGUCUACUGGUUACUUUUAUUCGUCAUUUUGAGGCCUGAUUUGAUCAAAUCAAAACGUCCCUAAUCCCUUAUACACGUACACGCCAAAGACACCGGAACAUAAGAAAUCUGGUUGCAGUACGCUCGCAGCAGCAAAUGGCUAGUAAACCAGGCAUCCUCACUGACUGGCCAUGGAAACAUCUUGGAAAUAGGCUCAAGUACUUAGUUUUGGCACCGUGGGUGGUGGAUAGCAUGUAUACUGCGUUGAAAAUGAUGAUCAAAUCAAUAUUUACAAAAGCAGAGGGAUUAAGAGGCAGCAACAACAACAGCAGGGAUUAUGGCACUAGGAUAUACUGGAACGUAUUCCCGUUUCUGUUGUGGAGGAUAAUUCAUGCCCAGAUUUGGAUAAGCUAUUCUCGUUUUAGAACUACCAAAGCCAAGAACAGGAUAGUCGACAAGCCCAUUGAAUUUGAACAAGUUGACAGAGAAAGUAACUGGGAUGACAAUAUCAUAUUCACUGCAGUUAUAUUCUACUCGACUUAUAAAUGGCUACUAGCUGCAUCUAAGGUGAAUUCACCAAUUCCAUUUUGGAAAGCAGAUGGUGUAGUUAUGACAAUUCUACUUCACAUGGGUCCAGUUGAAUUCCUAUACUAUUGGUUUCACCGAGCUUUACAUCAUCAUUUUCUUUACUCUCACUACCAUUCUCACCAUCACUCUUCCAUUGUCACUGAGCCCGUCACAUCUGUUACGCAUCCAUUUGCGGAGCAUGUCAUUUAUUUCAUACUCUUUGGAAUACCAAUUAUAACAGUGAUUUUAACCGGAACAGUAUCUAUAGUAGCUGUUGGUGGUUACAUCACUUAUAUUGAUUUCAUGAACUACUUGGGUCACUGUAACUUUGAAUUGGUCACAGUAUCAUAUGUCUACAGCAUCUUUCCCCUCCUCAAGUACCUCUUCUACACUCCAUCGUUUCAUUCCCUUCAUCACACUCAGUUCCGUACAAAUUACUCAUUAUUCAUGCCAAUCUAUGAUCUCAUAUAUGGAACCAUGGACACGUCUAGCGGUGAAUUGUAUAAAACCUCACUGAGCAGGACUGAUGAGCAACCAGACAUUGUUCAUCUUACACAUCUAACAACACUCGACUCAAUCUAUCAGCUACAGCCAGGACUCGGCUCCUUAGCAUCGAAACCAUAUAAUCCUAAUACCAAAUGGUAUUUGAUUUUUGCAUGGCCAUUGACAUAUUUGUGCUCAUUCUUGUUUGGUUACAUCAGUUCUUUUGUUGCUGAGAGGAACACUUUCAAUGGACUAAACCUCCAGACAUGGGUUGUACCAAAAUAUGCUUACCAAUAUAAGUUAACCUCUCAAAGGAAGAAGAUCAAUUUCUUGCUUGAGAAAGCCAUACUAGAAGCUGAAAAGGCUGGUGUCAAUGUCAUCAGCUUAGGUCUCUUAAACCAGGAUGAAGAACUGAACAAGAAUGUUGAGGUGUAUUUAGAAAAACACCCUCAGUUGAAGAUUAGAGUUGUGGAUGGAAGUAGCUUAACUGUUGCUCUGGUGAUCAACAACAUCACCAACAUUAUCCCCGAUGGAGCCAGACAAGUGACAAUGAGAGGGAAACUCACAAAAGUAGCAUAUACAGUUGCCUGCAUUUUAUGUCAAAAAGGUUACCAAGUAAUUGUCACAAGUAUGGAUGAAUUUGAAAAUCUCAACUUGAAGUUGAAGACCAUGAUGAUGAUGGAUACGACAAUGUCAUUAACUUCGGACAUUAGCAGUAAUUUAAUCCUUUCCACAACUACAAUUGAUGCUCAUAAUCAGAUGUGGUUGGUUGGUGACGAAUUUAAUGACGACGAUCAGAGAAAUGCACCAACAGGGACGUUCUUCAUCCCAUUUUCGCAAAUUCCACCAUGGAUUAUGAGCUUUAAGAAUAUGCGUAAAGAUUGUGUCUACUUUAAUACGCCGGCAAUGACAGUUCCACCCGCAUUAGAAAACAUUCAUUCUUGCGAGUAUGGAAUGCAUGUGUCACGGGACUGGUUGCCAAGAAGGGUCAUGAGCACAUCGCGCGUAGCAGGAAUAGUUCACGCACUGGAAAAUUGGGACGCGCACGAAUGUGAUAGAAACUCGAUAAUAACACUGGAGGACGUCGAGAAAGUAUGGGUUGCUAGUUUGCGACAUGGAUUCCGCUGCCCUCCUUGAUCGAUCAAGAUAUAUCUCAUGUAUAUAUGAGCAUUAGAAGUAAUUAAUAAUGUAUAUAUCUCGAUUACGAGAUAAGUGAGUAAGAUCAUCUUUCUCCAUGGUCUGGUACUCCCUAGAGUAAAUGUGUAAUAUUCAUAUUCAUCUAUAUAUUUCAUGAUACAAAUCACCUUAUGUUCA